AUGGAGCUCCGCCGUGACCAUCACUCCACCUCGAGUCCAGGGCCAUCCGGCCGGCCCAAGCGCAAACCUUCAAGCGCUGUCACUAUGGGAACCGCGUUACGCGUGAAACGUCGACGUGUGGACUCGUCGGAUGUAUCAGCAGCGUCUCCUGCUGUCUCAAGCGCUGGCGUUGAGCGUCAGUCCGCAGCUUCCACUCGGCGUCAAGUGGCGAUUCAGCCACCGACGCGUUCUGUUGCUCGAGCAACUUUAGCUUGUGAAAAACGUGCUUUUCAAGAAAAGUUGUUGGCUGAGCCAAAAACAAAGAGUUCUGUUUUAAAAACGUCACUACCACUUUUUAGCCGAUAUGCGGAUCCAUCGGUACAGAGUCCACAGUCGCGUCGUCGCUCAAGAGGUCAGGUCGAAGGCGUCCGGGAGGCAGCAGCCGAGUACAAUGUACCUUGUGGGUCGUCGUUGUCAUUGUCGUCCCCGUCUGGUGAUAAAAGCACUGAAAAACAGCCGACUGGAUCAAAAUCGCUUUAUAUAAAAAGCAAAAGUGAAGAUCAGCAUGGCGUUGAUAGGUGUUCACUUGUGGAGCACGGACCGAGUCCAGAGAUGGUGGAAGGAGACGAUAUCUUACAGACUCUCUUGGGUGUGAGUACGCCUCGCGUGCCGCGCCGAUUUCCGUCGGAAGACGCACUAACGGAUGGAGAGCAGAGAGAUCGAGAAGCGCUUCGUCGACGGCGACAGCAAUUGCAGCGGGAGUUCUCCGUGAUGAAGGAGGAGAAGCAGGAGACGUUUGAUGGUUUUCGGGCGAGCAAUGCUGGAGCUGGUGGGACGUCGCUGGUGCCGAGUCAAGAAGGAACGAGAAGGAAGAGGAGUUUUACUUCUUGUGUGUGGGAGCAAGGAACUCGACAUUCACAUGAUGGAGGGGUAAAGGACAGCCGAGAUACUGUUGUUGGGGGAAGAGAGAAGGACGUGGGUGGGAGUCUGCAGUUGAUGGAUGAGGAAGUGGAGACCGAUGAGGAGACGACCGAGAGCAAGAUCAGACGCUUGGGCAAGGUGAUGUCCAUGAACUGGCGGCAGUUCUUUAUGUGGCUCGUGUCGGGUGCGGUGCUGCUCUGUGCGAUGGUUGUCGCUGUGCCAUUUGUGAAGAAUGUGCUGAAGCCAACUCUUCCGUACUGCGACAGCGAAUGGCGUGAGGUAGAUGAGGGCACUUUUGUGUUGGCUGAUCCAGCCGACGCUUUUGAUCGCUCAAAAGCACUCCAGCCGUUUAUCAGCAAUGCUGCAAUGGAGUCACACGGCUCGGGAUCCUCGUGUCAACCAUGCCCUGUGUAUGGGAACUGCCUCAAUGGCUCUAUUAUAUCGUGCGCUUCGCCCUAUGAGUUGCAGCAUGGAUUGUGCAAGGAGAGCCCGGAAGUGCAGGCAAGUCUCAACCAACUUGCGUUCUACAUACGGAAGGUCAUUGUCGAAAAAGCUGCCAAGAGCGCGUGCGAUAACGUCUCGAUUUGGAACUUUCUCUACGCGGAUGGCGGCGCAUCAAAGCCUGCGCGUGACGUUACGGCACCGGUCGAAGUGUUGCUUUCGGAUGUGCAGACUUUUGUGGCACAAACGUCUUUGGUCGAAGAGGCAGUGCCAGAAUCGUCCCGUGACUAUGUCUUUAAUCGUGCCUUAGACAUGGUCUUGCGUGACCUCAAUGACAUUUCUGUGACCGAAGACCAGAGUCAGCUCCUGGUAGGCAAUAGAGCCGUGCCGUUGUUCUGCCGCGCUAGGCAUCAACUGUUCACGCAUACUAAGCUCAUGUUACUAGCUGUCGCAUUGGGGACAGCACUGGUGUCCGCUUACCGACAGUUCCUCGUGUACCGCACGAAACGUGAACUUGUGGACCGAUUUGUCAAGGAGGUGCGCUUUCUCCUCUUGGACCAGACGCGUCGGCCAGAUCGAUUUUACCCGGUCGACCUUCUUCGUGAUCACCUGUUCGCGAAACAAUCUUUUCAAGACCGAGCAUGGCUAUGUAAGUCCGUCUGGCCAGCAGUUGUCACUGCUGUGAAGAAGGACUCCCGGAUAAGCACGCGGACGAUGCGGGUGCGUGGCAAAGAUAUGAUUGUGUGGGAAUGGGCUUCAUCGCCGUCGCGAAGUUAUCGGCAAGCUGGGAGUCAUCAAAGUCGUAAAUCUCGCAUCCCUAAGCUGCUGGAAGGAAGUGGUGGAAACACUAGAGGGGUUCCACUUGGACGACGCAAGAAGGGAAGUCGGAUGAGCCUACCGUAA